AUGGAACUAGGAAAUGAUACAUCAGAAUUUUUUCUGAUGGGAUUAUCAGAAGACCCACAACUUCUGACUCUAAUUUUUGGGCUCUUCCUCUCCAUGUACCUGCUCACCGUGUGGGGAAACCUGCUCCUCAUCCUGGCCGUCUGCUCAGACUCCCACCUCCACACCCCCAUGUACUUCUUCCUCUCCAACCUGUCCUUGGUGGACAUUGGUUUCAUCUCCACCACCAUCCCCAAGAUGCUGCACAACAUCUGGACACAGAGCAAAGCCAUCACCUAUGCGGGCUGCAUCACCCAGAUUUACUUUUUUUUACUCUUUGGAGGACUGGAUGACUUCCUCCUGACCGUGAUGGCGUAUGACCGCUAUGUGGCUAUCUGUCACCCCCUACACUACACGGUCAUCAUGAACCCUUGGCUCUGUGGACUGCUGGUUCUGGGGUGCUGGGUCAUAAGCGUCCUUUAUUCCUUGGUACACUCCUUAAUGUUGCUGCCAUUGUCCUUCUGUAGAGACCUUGAAAUACCCCAAUUCUUCUGUGAUAUCAACGAGCUGUUCCAACUUGCCUGUUCUGACACCUUCCUCAAUGAAUUUUUGGUGUACUCUGUAGCUGUGCUGUUGGGUGGUGGUCCAUUUGUGGGGAUCCUCUGCUCUUACUCUAAGAUCAUCUCCUCUCUAUAUAGAAUCACCUCAGCUCAGGGGAAGUUCAAAGCCUUUUCCACCUGUGCCUCUCACCUCUCUGUGGUCUGCUUAUUUUAUUGUACAAGUUUAGGAGUCUACCUGAGCUCCGCUGCUCCCCACAGCUCACACUCAAGUGCAACAGCCUCAGUGCUGUACACCGUGGUCACCCCUAUGCUGAACCCCUUUAUCUACAGCCUCAGGAACAAAGACAUCAAGGGAGCCCUGAGAAGAUUCUUUGGACAGCAUCCCUGA